AUGGCCAAAAUCGGACAGUCCAGGGACAUCGCGAUGAAGCGACUGCUAGCCAUGGAGAGGCGUUUCAAGCGUGAUCCCAACCUACAGGAGCACUACGUGCGCUUUAUGCAGGAGUACAUCGCACUCGGCCACAUGAAAUUGGUAGACGAGCAACCUGAUGAUGACCCGCCGGCCGUCUACCUGCCUCACCACAGUGUAGUUAAAAUGGCUGGGCAGUCACUCAAAAUACGUGUGGUAUUCGAUGCAUCCUGCAAAACUACUACUGGAGUGUCUCUAAACGACGCGCUCAGAGUGGGACCAGUCGUCCAGCCAGAGUUGAUUUCCCUCCUGAUUCGCUUCCGCUUCUUUCUAUACGUUUUCGUGGCCGAUAUAAUUAAGAUGUAUCGGCAGAUUCUGGUCGACCCAUCGCAGACACAUCUUCAACGAAUAUUGUGGCGGAGCAAGCCCAAUCACGACGUCAAGGCAUACGAAUCCCUGGUGGUCACCUACGGCACCGCAGCUGCCGCAUAUCUAGCCACGGAAUGCCUGAACGAUCUAGCCGAGAAAAACGCAUUGAGAUUCCCGGUGGGAUCGAUCCACCUCAAGGAAGGUUGUUACGUGGACGACGUCGCGACCGGGGCCAACACAAAGAAGGAUCUAGAAAUAGUUCGCCAUCAAGUGGUGGAAAUACUACGAUUAGGAGCGUUCGAAUUAAGCAACUGGGCAUCCAAUUGCCCGGAAUUAUUAAAGGACGUCCAGGAUCAGAACCACGAGCCAGAGAGCCACAGUACUGUCUCCAAACGCACAAUAUUAUCCGGCGUUGCCAGGUUAUUCGACCCCCUCGGUCUUCUCGGACCUGUCAUCGUGGUCGCGAAACUCAUCCUGCAAGACCUGUGGAAGUCAGGUAGCCAUUGGGACGAGUCAGUGCCACAAGACAUCCACGCGCGUUGGUCAAGGCUGAAGGAACAAUUGUCGGUCUUGAAACAAGUACGAGUUCCGCGGUGCGUCAAGCUUGCCACGGAUCCCCAGCUAAUACAAAUACAUGGAUUCUGCGAUGCCAGCCAAAAAGCAUACGGAGCCUGUAUAUACCUUCGGACAAAACUCGGCACCAGCUACCGCACCGAGUUGCUUUGCUCGAAAUCCCGCGUGGCCCCGCUCAAGGUCAUAUCGCUGGCAAGGCUGGAGCUACAAGCGGCAUUGUUAUUGGCCGAAUUGAUGGACAAGAUAGAAGAUUGGAGGCACGUUCCGUCCACAGACAAUCCCACCGACAUACUAUCACGCGGACUACAUCCGCACGAACUCGUGGAAGCAAGUUUAUGGUGGCAUGGACCUACCUUUCUGCAAUACGAAGAAGACCGCUGGCCAAGUAAGGACAUCACUCGCCUAGGAGAUGAUUUUCCCGAAACACGAGAAGUAGCGGCAGCCGUCGUCAUCAUCAGUCCUUCGAUCGUCGACGGAUUAAUCAAAAAGCAUUCAAACUUGGGCAAGAUAUGCCGCAUCAUAGCGUAUUGUCUCAGGUUCAACAAGGCGCAUUGGCCGACUCCGGCCACCGAAUCCGUUUCUCACAACAAGAUGUCGCACGCGUUGGGCGUUGUGUGCAAAGCAGUGCAAAGAAGCUCAUUUCCCGACAAGUACAGAGCGCUGACCAAAGGGGACUCGGUUAGCGCGUCCAGCAAGAUACUUUCCCUGUCUCCCUUCAUAGACGAAACCGGGCUAAUCCGGGUGGGGGGUAGAUUAAAGAAUUCUGAGUUAAAAUUCGACGCGUGCCACCCCAUAUUACUACCUCGCGAUCAUGAGCUCACAAAACGUACGAUAAGACGAGAACACGUGCGUAACAUGCAUGCUGGCACUCAGGCAACUAUGGCCGCAGUCAGGCAGAGAUUCUGGCCUUUGUCGCUGCGCUCAACCGCGCGAAAAAUUAUCCGAAACUGCGUAACAUGCUUCAGAGCUAAACCGAGCCAAUCAGAAGCUAUAAUGGGCUCGUUGCCUUCUACUCGCGUUACCGUUUCAAGGCCAUUCUCGCAUUGUGGUGUCGAUUAUGCCGGACCCGUCAUGGUAAAGGAGGGCAAGCGACGUAAUGCCCGCUUUCACAAGGCGUACAUCGCUAUCUUUGUGUGUUUCUCCACGAAAGCCGUACAUAUCGAAUUAGUAAGUGAUCUCACAUCGGAAAGCUUCUUUAGCGCACUCCGGCGUUUCAUGUCCCGAAGAGGCAAACCCGCUUGCAUAUAUUCCGACAAUGGGACCACGUUUGUAGGGGCGCAUAAGCAGAUCAAAGAGUUCUACGACUUAAUUAACGAUAAUCAGGUUCGAGACGAUAUAAACCAGUUUGUUCGCGAGCAGGAAACUUCUUGGUCCUUUAUCCCGCCUAACGCGCCGCACUUCGGCGGUCUAUGGGAAGCCGCAGUAAAGUCGGCCAAGUAUCACAUGACUCGAAUUAUAGGCCAAGCGCAUUUAACAUUCGAAGAAAUGCAGACGGUACUCUGCGAAGUGGAAGCAAUCCUGAACUCGCGACCACUCACGCAACUGAGCGCCGAUCCAAAUGAUCUCGCGUAUCUCAGUCCCGGUCAUUUUCUUGUCGGUACAGCCUUGAAUAGUUUCCCUUGUCACGACUUACAAGACAUUAACGAAAAUCGGCUUACGCGCUGGCAAAGAGUAGAGCAAAUAAGACAACAUUUUUCGCAUAGAUGGAGCACUGAGUACCUUAAUUCUUUGCAAGAACGAACCAAAUGGAAGGCCAACAAGGGCGUACAGUUAAAACCCGAGCAAUUAGUGCUCAUAAAACAGCAAGGCCUAGCUCCUUUGCAGUGGCUGUUGGGGCGAGUUCAGAAUGUUCACACCGGAGCCGACGGCGUCACGAGGGUUGCCACCGUCCGAACAGCGAAAGGUGACUUCACAAGACCUCUUUCUAAGCUCGCGGUGUUACCCAUAGACACUUAA